AUGGACCGCAAUGAAGUCACCACUCAGUUGCUUUCGACCACGGGUGCGACGCUCACAGUGUACACUCCCAAAUGGAAGAAAGCUGUCUACAUCCUCAGCAGCAUGCACAACCUCGUUCAGACUGAAGAUACACCCAAAAGGAAGCCAAACACUGUCACCCUAUACCACAAAGUGCGGCGUGGAUGUUAUGGACCAGAUGAUGAGAGCCCCUUCGCGAACGUUAUCAUCUCUGACAACGCCCUGCAGACCACCAAACUCGAUCCUCAUCCACUCUCCACGCCAGGACAGGCGGGUGUGGUGUAUAGCUGCGAGAAGAGGAAGCGGGAAAAAUGGAAGGAUUAA